AUGGCUUACGGAAGACCCUGGUACGUCCAAGCAACUGACGUUAUUCACCGUCUCACAGUUAUCGGCAUCAUUGGUUUCUCAGGCUGGUUAACUAUUGGUCUUGGCCGAACCCUUUGGGCCAACCGUGAUAGCGCUCUCCAGAAACGUCUGGCUGAACUUGCUGAGGAACAAGAACAAAUCGAAAAUGGCCAGAUUGCAGAUGCUGCUGCUCUUGCAGUCGCCACACAGCCUCCACCUGGUCUUCACGCAAAUGCUCUGCCGUCUCAGGUCGAGGCUGACAUUGCUCGUGAGGCUUUGGCUAGUCUUGCUGAGCAGGAACAGAAUAAGAAUUAA